GCCUGCAUUAAGCUGUGCCGUGCUCCUCAGGGCUCCACGGUGCGAUAGGCACUUAGGAAGAGACGGAAUCCCCCAGCCAGCACUGACUCUCUCUGUCACUAGUCAGCCUGUCAGCACCGCGGCCCUCUAUCCUGGAGAUAAAAGGGCCACCCCGUGCCCUCCCGAUUUACCCCCCCCCCCACCCGCUACACUAAUGACUUAUAAAUAUCUCCUUCAGAGCCCAAGAUGGUGGGAUGCCUGCUGCUCUGGUGGUGUAACAGUGCAGACCAGAGCCAUUUAGGUCCACAGUCUUCCUUUCAUGCCCUGCCACCAUUCCUGCCAGAGAGAGCCAGACCCAGGCCAGUGCGGGCUGUUAGAUGAUGGACAGCUGGCCUGAUGAGGUCACUGACAUGAGACAAGACCGCUGGGCGGUAUACAGUAUUUUACGACAUAUCGGUAUUGAUGCACAGACUUUUGGGGUUUUUACUUUACCUUCUAUAACAAUAUUUGAAUGUUUGGUUUGUUAAAUGUGAAACGCUGUGUGUAAUGUCUAUUUUUUCAUAGUUUACUUCGCUACUUGAGUCAUCUCUCUCCGCUAUCUGUCUAUGCGCUUUCCACACAGACCUAACCCCGCCCUGUCACUCAAGGAGCGCAUUUGUUGUUCCUCGACCAUGAGACACUUGCGUUCAGUCUGCAUGGUCAAUGCAGCACAUGUAACAAUUAUGAUAACAACGAUGCUGUUUUCACUUUGAUUCUUAAUAUAAAUCCACUAGAGUUCUGUAAUUACAAUAUUAGUUUGUGUUUCUUACAUCUGCAAACAGCUAGUUUGUCUUUUCCUAGCAAGUUGGGCCUAAAUCUUGUUAGCUGCUAAUUGUUAGCCGCUACUGCUAAUCGCUAGAUAGCUAAUAAAUGUACUGAGUCAGCGCAAACAUAAUUAGCUAUACAGCCUGAUAAUACCAGUGAUGGUGUAGACCUAAAUCAGCAUGUUGUUUGUGCAACCGUAUCGUCUAAAUCAGAGGAAUAUGUUAUCUACAUGAAGUCAAUAAGAGAACAUUCAAUGUAGCCAAAGAUUAUAGGGUCCCCUAGGAAACACAACACUUUGGUUUCUACCCUGUCACAAUAAUGCCUCCCUGGCAUUUUCAUUCGUUGUCAUGUCAAACAACACUGUAUUCAGUGUCCACUAUUAUAUUCUAACUAUAGAAUUAGAAUAAUCAUUCUAUUUCCAUGAUUCCAACAGUUCACCCAAGUGUUUUGCUCUAAAUCGCAAGUCAAAUCGCAAUUGCAACAUUUUAUUAAAACAUUUGAUUACGUUGUUUGCCCAUAUUGUGCAGCCCUAAGUGGCAGUGUGAAAAUGAUUUCAAAUGAGUGCAGAAAAUGCCUGAAAUCUAUGAAAAUGCAGACAAUAAUUUUUGGUUGAAGUUGAAUUGAACAGUAUAAAUGAAUCAGAAUGGAGAAAGACCCAUUGAAAUCACUUAGAAUGUAUGUGUUGCCACCCUAGGGUCACACACUACUCAUAAAGCAAAUUUAGAACUUUUUUAUUAUUCCAAAACAUAAAUUUCCGUCAAUUUUCUUUAAAGUAACUUGAUAUGGUAUUUUAGCCAUAUCGCCCAGCCCUACACAACUCUCCACCUCCAUCAAAAUAGUAGUCUUGACUUGCACACUAUGGUGUUAAACAGCUGCACCUGUUUUUGUUUUUGCUUAUACACAUUAAAGGAAUACAUUUAUUUUUAUCGUCAAUUGCACACAAGGUCCAACCGAAACCUGACUUUCAACCCAACCCCUCUGAAUCGUAGAGGUGCGGGGGGCUGCCACAUUGGGCACCCAGGGAGCUGUUAUGGGGGGUUAACUGCCUUGCGCAAUGGCAGAACAACAGAUUUUGUUUCACCUUUUCGGCUCAGGGAUUUAAACUGGCAGUCUUUCACUUACUGGACCAAUGCUCUAACUGCUAGGCCACCUGUCGCCCCAAAUGCAUACACAAACACACACACACAAACACACACACACACACACACACACACACACAAUGCAUUUUCCCAUUGCGAAUAAUUAUUUAUUCAGCUCAGCCUUCAAUGUCGUUGUCACAAUGGUGUUAAGCUCCUAUCAGAGGGCAUGGCUGCCAUAUUGUAGUGUAUCUGUUUACAUCAAAACACCUCAUAUCCCUGCCCUAUCCCUGGUGAGGAAUCUACACUGAUCAAAGCUUCAAUAUAUCCAUCCUUUUACACCUCUGUGGUCAGUGUGUGUGCCUCCCUUUCCUCUCCUCUGUCUCAUGUCUUUCUCAGCUGGGAGAGUGUGAUAAAUGCUCCGUGUUAGAUGUCAAAGCUUCCAAGACUGUAUGACAGUCCAUUCAGUGAUGCACACACAGAGAGGCAUGCAGGCAGUCUGUUUCCAAGCAGAAAUAUUCAUGUAAACAAAGAUGAAAAGACAAGGCACUAAGCAAACAGGAGCAGCAUCGUGCAAAGAUUACAGAGGCCCAUGAACUGCACUGGGCCCUAGUCCAAACACAGAGUUCUGACUGUUGGACAGCCUCAGUCCUGUAGAGUGGAACAGACAAAUGACCCUCCAAAAGGCACCAUAGUAGAAUACCAUCAGUCAAAACUGACCUCUGUCUUCAGCCUACAGGAUCUCUCUUGAUAUGUGAAGGAUGAAGGAUUACUGUCUACUGUUAUUAAUUACUGUCUUAAUUCAAGCCCUAUCCACUAUGUUCUACAACUCACUCUCUUUUAUCAGUGUAAGUAGGUCAUGGCUUAUGGUCUAUGACAGUGAUCAAUGGAAAUAUGAAUAUUAACCGUUGUAGUGGUCACGAUCUGGUCGUUAAUGAUGAUUCAACGGUCAUGAGGUAAUGGUCAUUAGUGAUCGAGGGGAAGCGCCUUUCCUUCACGUUGACUGGGCCUAACACUCUCUUAUUUGGAUUAGCCACAAUGCAUAAUUCAAAUCCAAUCCAUCUGCCUGUGUGUGUGGGGAAUGGUGAAUCUGGCACAGAGAUUGAUAUAGGGAGGGGGACUGUGUCCUAGUGUGAGAUUUGGAGAGUGGUCCUCUUUCAGUCUCAUUUAGUGUUUAAAAGGACUGCUCUGGUUGAUGGCCAUCUAUAUAGAAUAGCCCAAUGUGGUUUCAUAGCUUCAUAGUCUCUGAAGCCAUAGAGGGUUAUUUCAACGUGGGCCAGCGGAAUAAUGUGUCCACUUUGGGGUGGCAAAGGUUUAAUAGUCUUAUCUUAUUCUCCCCAUUCUUAUGAACAAAUGUAUAUAUGAUACCCACUCCAAAAAAGUUGCUUUCUAUGUUUUUCACACCUUUAUAUGUAUGGGAGUCUAUGAUAUGUUAAGUGACUGAAAUGCAUCAGAAAAGUAUUGGAAAGUUCAGGAAAACAUCAGGGAAUAGUUAUGUGUGUGUGUGUGUGUAGAGAAGAUCUGCUUUGCUUUGAAUUGUGGUGUUGUCACAGUCCCUUCUAACGUCUCAUACGCGGCUGGUAGCUCUACCGUUCAAAAGUUGGAGCCAAAUUUGUAGGAAGAAAACCGAAACCAUUGACUCCAUUUGUCGCAACCGCUAACCAUGAACUAAGCAGCGCAUUCAGUUGACUACAAUUAUUCUACACCAUCGCAGCAGCACAAAAGAUUCAGGGCUGACCCAAAAGCCCGGUCCUGGUGAUGUCCCUGUAAUGCUGUAUUCCAUUACCUUUUCCUCUCCUACAACCUCAAUGCCUGUAUCCAAUCUCUCCAAUGUACACGGUUAAAGAUAUGAAAAAUAGUGAAUCUAAAAUCAGCUUAGCUGGUUAAAUAUUUUUUUCUCCAUUGAUAAAUUAAUAAUGUGAUUGAGAUGAGAGAGAGAGAGAGAGAGAAGAGAGAGAGAGAGAGAGAAGAUAGAGAAGGAGAAGGAGAGAUAGAGAGAGAGACGACGCUACUAUCUCCUUCGAUAGACGAUCGCACAGUCUACUCGCUCUCUCGAUCUCCUCUGCUCACUCGCUCCUCUCUCUCUCUCUUGCUCUCGUCUCUCUCUCUCUCUCUCUCUCUCUCUCUCCUCCUCUCUACUCUCUCUCUCUCUCUCUCUCUCUUCUCUCUCUCUCUCUCUCGCUCUUCUCUCUCUCCUCUCGUCUUCUCUCUGCUCUCUCUCUCUCUCUCUCUUCUUCUCUCUCCUCUCUCUCUCUUCCUCUUCAUCUCCUCUCUUCUCUCUCUCCUCUCUCUCUUCCUCUUCUCGAUAGAGAUCUCGCCCAUGUUUGCAUGCAGAAUCAAUUUCAACACAAUCAAAACUUUAGAGGGAUUAAAGUUCCUGUGUUGAUGGCAUUCUCAAAAUGGUUUAAAAUAGCUGCAGAGAUUACGCUAAUGUAAUCCAAUUUAAAGGAGCCUCCUCCAAAUAUUUAUUAUUUAAGCACCAUCUGUUUGAAGCCCCAGGGGUCAGCCACAUACAGUAUAUGCACACAGUCUUCCACAAAGAGGGCUAUCUCAUUGUCCUACAUCACUAACUGCCUCCGCACCAUCCAGAACCCAACUCACCCCUCAUAUACCCUCCAUAUCCUCACUUUACCUUAAUCCUCUUUUGACAUAGCCAAACACAGGCUUAGCUUUGUGGACUGUGUACUGUCAGGACACGUUUCAUAAUGAAGCCUCAUAUUUUCCCAUCGUUGAAUGCCACUCAGUCUGAGAUGUUACAUCGGUCACGGCCUAUUUAUAUACUGUAGCCCCCCUGCCACUCACUGUGCUGUCAGUCUCGUCUAGUCAGUGCCCUGUGAAUCCUUCCCUCUCUUCUGUGAAGACCUUUAGCCCCUCCGGAGCGUGGUGCUGCAACUUUCACCAGCAGCUUCAGAUUAGUGGUUCAUUUGAAGGCUGUCUCAGUCGGCACAGGAAAGGAGAGAGAGAUAGUGGGGGAUGUGCUGUAGUUUGAACACAGGACCCUCGGGAGAUCAAGACUAUGGUGAAAAGAGAGAUUAUAGUGAAAGACAAGAGUGGUUCUGUUUAAUGAGAGUUGGUUUAUCUUCGGCCACGAGGCUUGAAGGCUGGAGGGUGGGAAUGGUUGUGUGUUUCAGCAGGGGACUGGAAUAAUUUCAUUGUUUUAUAAGCAAUUUUUAUUUUUCAAGGAGCCUAUGUUGUACUGGUGGUGUUUAAAAUGUAGGGAAUAUUUGUUUGUUGUUUUUCAUUGUGGAUUUCAGGUGUUAAGCCUAUAUUUUAACAUACUUGCUUGGAUAUAAUUGAAUUACUAUCAAGGAUUAUUAUGGGUUAUUGAUCAUCUAUGUGGUCCUCUGUAGCUCAACUGGUAGAGCACGGCGCUUGUAACGCCAAGGUAGUGGGUUCGAUCCCCGGGACCACCCAUACACAAAAAUGUAUGCACGCAUGACUGUAAGUCGCUUUGGAUAAAAGCGUCUGCUAAAUGGCAUAUUAUAUUAUUAUUAUCUAAAGAUGGAGGCACUAAACAUUUUGCCUGGCUACCCAUCCACAUGGCUCCGGCCAAACGCCACGCCCACUAACAUUUCUUCUCCACCAUGAGUCUGGAUUUGAUCUCCUCCCCGACAACUUCUUGAACGCAAACACAUUCAAACCGUUUUGAUUGGUCCCUGAAACAGAUGGGUUGGGCCAGACCCUGAACACACAUGGGUAGAGCUGCAUUUGGGAAGUAGUCAUUGGCUUUGAUACUCUAAUUGGUUAGAGACGAUCCAAUCGCUGAUGACUUGUUUUGUACAACUCCCCUCACUUUGACAGCAGAAAAUGACUUCUACGAUGGCAGUCUGGCGAUAUGUAGAGCAGUGGAAUUAAAUUCAGUAUGAGUCAUCAGGCUACUAAACAUUGGCCACUGAUAUCAAAUUACUCCACUACAUCCAUGUGAUUCUAGUCUGUUACUUAGUUGGUGAUUCUCAUGAAGAUUUGCUGCCCCCUCUUGGCUGCUCAUGGUAACUGACAUGUUCUCAGUGUGCUCUUGUUUGAGCACCAGCUUGGUAGCCUUGUUUGACCAUCCUGAUGGAUCAGGCCACCAGUUUGGCAUGACCAUUACAGUAUUUGCUGAGAUAUUUUUUCCAUCGAUUUUAGAACUCUCCAAAAAGGCCCACCAUACUAAUGACUGUCUGUCAUACAUUUUUGGGGAACAGAUGAGUCUAGUUGUAUUUCAUAGGCAAGAUUAAUCUAUUAUUAUUUUUGUUAUUUUUAUUUUUUUAACAUACCCACAUUGUUAAUGUAAUAACAUGGUAGUUAUUAAACCAGCCAGUUGACAGUUAUGCCCUGCCUACAUUCUGUUCUGCAGUGACAGCUUUUCAAGGGUUUAUCUGUUGAUAGAUUUAGAUUCAUGAUGAUACACAUAUCCACACCUUCCAGUGUGUCUCAUCUGUCUGCAGCAACAUACAACCCAGAUCGAGAGUGGAGACAGAGCCGGUAAUUAGGGAAGAUUUUCCUUCAUUUAAUAAACAAUUUGAAUGACACAGUUCAGAGGAUAAACCUAGACCAAGAAGAAGCGGUAAGAAUAGUCAAGGGAAUAUAGAGCAUUAUCGUGCAUUAAGGUGUAUCAUUUAAAAUAACCAUUCCCAUUCAUCAUCAUUCUAAUCUACAACACAGUCCAAUACUCAUUCGCAUUAGGAUACAUUUACAUAAUUUAGCAGACGCUCUUAUCCAGAGCGACUUACAAAUUGGUGCAUUCAACUUAUGAUAGCCAGCGGGACAACCAAUUUUUUAUUUUAGUUUUUUGUGGGGGUGGGGGAAGAAGGAUUACUUUAUACUAUUCCAGGUAUUCCUUAAAGAGGUAGGGUUUCAAGUGUCUCCGGAAGGUGGUCAGGGACUCCGCUGUCCUAUCGUCGUGGGGGAGCUUGUUCCACCAUUGGGGUGCCAGAGCAGCGAAUAGCUUUGACUGGGCUGAGCGGGAACUGUGCUUCCGUAGAGGUAGGGGAGCUAGCAGGUCAAAAGUGGAUGAACGUAGUGCCCUCGUUUGGGUGUAGGGUCUGAUCAGAGCCUGAAAGUAAGGAGGUGCCGUUCCCCUCACAGCUCUGUAGGCAAGCACCAUGGUCUUGUAGUAGAUGCGAGCCUCAACUGGAAGCCAGUGGAGUGUGCGGAGGAGCGGGGUGACAUGAGAGAACUUGGGAAGGUUGAACACCAGACGGGCUGCAGCGUUCUGGAUAAAUUGUAGGGGUUUGAUGGCACAGGCAGGGAGCCCAGCCAACAGCGAGUUGCAGUAAUCCGGACGGGAGAUGACAAGUGCCUGGAUUAGGACCUGUGCCGCUUUCUGUGUAAGGUAGGGUCGUACUCUGUGAAUGUUGUAGAGCAUGAACCUGCAGGAUCGGGUCACCGCUUUGAUGUUAGCGGAGAACAACAGGGUGUCGUCCAGGGUCACGCCAAGGUUCUCUGGGAGGAGGACACAAUGGAGUUGUCAACCGUGAUGGCGAGAUCAUGGAGAGGGCAGUCCUUCCCCGGGAGGAAGAGCAGCUCCGUCUUGCCGGGGUUCAGCUUGAGGUGGUGAUCCGACAUCCACACUGAUAUGUCUGCCAGACAUGCAGAGAUGCGAUUCGCCACCUGGUUAUCAGAAGGGGGAAAGGAGAAAAUUAAUUGUGUGUCGUCUGCGUAGCAAUGAUAGGAGAGACCAUGUGAGGAUAUGACAGAGCCAAGUGACUUGGUGUAUAGAGAGAAUAGGAGAGGGCCUAGAACUGAGCCCUGUGGGACACCAGUGGUGAGAGCACGUGGUGCGGAGACAGAUUCUCGCCAUGCCACCUGGUAGGAGCGACCUGUCAGGUAGGACGCAAUCCAAGAGUGAGCAGCGCUGGAGAUGCCCAUCUCGGAGAGGGUGGAGAGGAGGAUCUGAUGGUUCACAGUAUCAAAGGCAGCGGAUAGGUCUAGAAGGAUAAGAGCAGAGGAGAGAGAGUUAGCUUUACCAGUGCGGAGAGCCUCCGUGACACAGAGAAGAGCAGUCUCAGUUGAAUGACCAGUCUUGAAACCUGACUGGUUUGGAUCAAGAAGGUCAUUCUGAGAGAGAUAGCAGGAGAGUUGGCUAGAGACGGCACGCUCAAGAGUUUUGGAGAGAAAAGAAAGAAGGGAUACUGAUCUGUAGUUGUUGACACCAGAGGGAUCGAGUGUAGGUUUUUUGAGGAGGGGUGCAACUCUCGCUCUCUUGAAGACGGAAGGGACAUGACCGGCGGUCAAGGAUGAGUUGAUGAGCGAGGUGAGGUAAGGGAGAAGGUCUCCGGAAAUGGUCUGGAGAAGAGAGGAGGGGAUAGGGUCAAGCGGGCAGGUUGUUGGGCGGCCGGCCGUCACAAGUCGCAAGAUUUCAUCUGGAGAGAGAGGGGAGAAAGAAGUCAAAGCAUAGGGUAGGGCAGUGUGAGCAGGACCAGCGGUGUCAUUUGACUUAAUAAAUGAGAAUCGGAUGUCAUCAACCUUCUUUUCAAAAUGGUUGACGAAGUCAUCCACAGAGAGGGAGGAGGGAGGGGGAGGAGGCGGAGGAUUCAGCAGGGAGGAGAAGGUGGCAAAGAGCUUCCUAGGGUUAGAGGCAGAGGCUUGUAUUAUUAUUAUUAUUAUUAUUAUUAUUAUUAUUAUCCCCCAAAAGUCUAUAGGGCUUAGACUUAGCUGCACAUAGUUGUAUAGAAUUGUUCCAAUAGGUAUGUAGACUAUGAUGCUAAAAAUUCAGGGUAAUAAAAUAUCACUCUAAAUUACUUUUUCCAUAGUGACACAAUCCAUCAUAAUCUAAUCACAUCCUACAUCUAUUUUCCCAUAGGAGGAAGAACAGUUAUAUAUAUAUGGAUAAGAGCGUCUGCUAAAAUGACGUAAAUGUAAAAAUGUAAUAUUCCUCAUAUUCCUAUAUACUCUUAGAAUUUUUUUUUGGGGGGUUCCAUGUAGAGUCCUCUGGGGAAAUUGUUCUACCUAGAAUGCAAAAGGGUUCUACAUGGAACCAAAAAGGGCUCUUAAAAGGGUUCUCCUAUGGGGACAGCCGAAGAACCCUUUUAGGUUCUAGAUAAAAGUGUGGCACUGCUCUUUUCGAACACACUCAUCAUUUCUCAGUAAAGAUGACUUCCCACUAAUGGAACAGCCCACCCCCCUCACCUUUUAAAUCCUCCAUCUCAAGCAGAAAAAUGAGUUUUUAUCCCUAACAGGAUUAGAGAGACAAAGUGCAAGCAAAAUCAGAAAAAACAAUCCAAGGUUUAUUAUUUUGUGGAAUAACACAAUGGCUGAUACAAUGAUGAUGCAUUAAACUCAUGGAUCAUCCACUUACUUCAGUCAGUCUGACUGCAUCAGCUGUGAUUACUGUUUUUGCAAGUUGGACUUUAAUUGGCGAAAGAGUGGACGUUGCAUUCUCCAUUGGCGCAUUGGUUCUCAUUUGCCUUUGGAAUUUCUGUGGAACAACAAUCUCUAAUAAACUUGUAAGUUCAAUGCAAGUUCAGGACAUUAAUCAAGUAGUUGUAUUUAGGCCUAUCCGUUUCUGUUAGUACACUUAAACAACACAAUGUAACUCCAAGUCAAUCACACUUCUGUGAAAUCAAACUGUCCACUUAGGAAGCAACACUGAUUGACAAUACAUUUCACAUGCUGUUGUGCAAAUGGAAUAGACAACAGGUGGAAAUUAUAGGCAAUUAGCAAGACACCCCCAAUAAAGGACUGGUUUUGCAGGUGGUGACCACAGACUACUUCUUAGUUCCUAUGCUUCCUGGCUGAUGUUUUGGUCACUUUUGAAUGCUGGCGGUGCUUUCACUCUAGUGGUAGCAUGAGACGGAGUCUACAACCCACACAAGUGGCUCAGGUAGUGCAGCUCAUCCAGGAUGGCACAUCAAUGCGAGCUGUGGCAAGAAGGUUUGCUGUGUCUGUCAGCGGUGUCCAGAGCAUGGAGGCGCUACCAGGAUACAGGCCAGUACAUCAGGAGACGUGGAGGAGGCCGUAGGAGGGCAACAACCCAGCAGCAGGACUGCUACCUCCGGCUUUGUGCAAGGAGGAGCAGGAGGAGCACUGCCAGAGCCCUGCAAAAUGACCUCCAGCAGGCCACAAAUGUGCAUGUGCCUGCUCAAACGGUCGGAAACAGACUCCAUGAGGGUGGUAUGAGGGCCCAACGUCCACAGGUGGGGGUUGUGCUUACAGCCCAACACCGUGCAGGACGUUUGGCAUUUGCCAGAGAACACCAAGAUUGGCAAAUUCGCCACUGGCGCCCUGUGCUCUUCACAGAUGAAAGCAGGUUCACACUGAGCACAUGUGACAGACGUGACAGAGUCUGGAGACGCUGUGUAGAACGUUCUGCUGCCUGCAACAUCCUCCAGUAUGACCGGUUUGGCGGUGGGUCAGUCAUGGUGUGGGGUGGCAUUUCUUUGGGGGGCCGCACAGCCCUCCAUGUGCUCGCCAGAUUUUGUUGUCAGCACAUUAAACUAUGUAAGAAAAAAAGUAUUUAAUAAGAUUAUUUCAUUCAUUCAGAUCUAGGAUGUGUUAUUUUAGUGUUCCCUUUAUUUUUUUGAGCAGUGUAUAUGUUUAGAAAACCUAUGCAGGUGAAGAGACUUGUCUGAGAUGAGAAAACAGAAGUGAUUUGAAUAUAACCAAAGCUGCAAAUAUGAGAAUGAGAAUCCAGUCAUAGCAACAGCUAGCAGCGUAGACAAUUGUCAAAGUAACCAUGUGUUAGCCUACCUCAACUGUGUCCAGCCGAGCUGCUGUACUUGGGUCACGUGAAGUAAGAGUCAGAGUCAGGGUUGAAGGAUUGAGCCAGGGAUUGUUUAGGGAUUAGUCAAUAGGAGCUUCACUGCAGGAAUUAAACAAGGGACACCAUAGCAAUGGGGUCACAUGAUACCAGGGGCAAUAAGAAAGCAUAGAGUCACUGCAAUUAUAAGCCCAGAACAACCUGCCAGCCCUGACGCCAGACAGAUGCCCAGUUGCGCUCUGUCUCUGUCACUCUCUCGUUCUCGCUCUAAUUCGCCCAGCUGAAUACACUUUAAUUCCAGAAAGAAAGUAACCGGUGUGCAGUCACACUGCAGCUGUUGAGCAGCCCCUAGCCUAGCUAGAUGUAUGUGUGUGUACGGAUUUGACCGUCUUGCUGAAUGUGUGUGUGUGUGUUUGCAUUUGCAUUUGCGUUUAUGGGGACUGGGGGUUAAGACCCUCCCCUUAUAGGGUUAGUGUUUUUGCGGACUAGGGAUUUGAGACCCUCGUCACGCUGAGGGGGUUGUCUGUGUGUGUGUGGAGCGGGGUUAUUCUGGGUGUGUGCGUGGGACCUAGCGCCAAGCUGGCAGAGGGCGAGGACUACGAUUGCUGGGAUCAGAUGAUCCAUCUUCAGCUGACCAGCUCAGCAGACUGGCCGGCACCCUGUGAGUGAGCCUGCCCACCACCAUACUCUAGUUCAAUCUCUCUCCUCUUUUUUUUUCUCCUUCUCUUAUCUCUCUCAUUCCAUUAAUUCAAUUCUCAUCAUCCGAUCUUUCUCAUUCCAACUCUCCAUGCUCCUCUACUUCUCCUUUCCACCUUUAUUUUAUCACCUGCCUCUUCUUCCUCUACCUCUUUUCAAUGCUUUGGUUGUAGGCUGCUGGAUGAUACUUUAGGUUUUAUUGCUCUGCCUUAUGUCUUUAUGAAGUGUAGUUAUAUGGGUUAUCUCUUGGCAUAUAGUCUUGAUAUUUUGUAGGAGAUAUGGGCUAGACCUGGUCAUUAAAUGUGAACUAGACAGUUCAAUCAACUAAAUGCUUGAGAUUAUUUUAUGCAUAUCCAGAUAUUCCAAUAAUUUCUAAUGCUUGACAUUAGCAAAUGUCUCUUUAGAAAGUUCAAUCAACUCAAAUGUUUGACUUUAGCUUAUGUUUUUUGGGAUAUCCCAAAUGGCUCAAACGCUCGAGGUAAGCUUAUGAAUGUAUUUUUUUCUGAAAAGUCAAUAUAACUAUGUUACAGUUCAAGUUUACUGCAAACAAUUCAGGGUUGUCUGACUACACAUACAGUAGGAACAAACAGAACUCUGGUAACCAAGUACAACAUCCCAAAUGUGGGUAAAUUAUUGAUUUGUGAGAUCUGUCAUCUCCAUUUUGGUCUGUCAGAACCUUUGUGGAGCCGAGUCCAGCUGAAUGUUGCCUAGGUUACGUAAAAGCCCUCUCAAUCAGCUGUAGGGGAUGACAGAUCUUUAUCCACUAUUAAUCAAGGCACUGUCAUUAUUCUACUUUUUUCUAAUGCGCUCCAUUUUCCCCUUCCAUUGAUCUCAUCUGGGCUUUGCAGGUUUACGUCUGGCCAGUGUUUGUAGUGUUAGGGUGAUUACCAGUAGCAGUGUUGAAUUAUGAUGGGUGAAUACAAACAGAUUGCAAGAGAGGGCUAUGCAGAGGUCAAGGAAGACCUAACUGUGGUUUUUGCUCCUGACCUCUUGACUUUCAUGUGAAGCAUGCUGUGACAAGUAGGACUGGCAUAAUUACCCGAUGAAGACCAUCAUGAAAAUAAAAUGUAUUUUUAUUGUGGAAUGAACAGCUGACUGAAGACGAGACGGCCAGGCAUACAACGUGAUGAAACUUUGUUGCUCCUUGCUGAAAACAAGCAAAGUGUUAUAGCAAUCGAGUCACCAGUUGUCUAGGCAACGCCCCCCUCCCUGCAGCAGUAGCACCUGCAGUCAGGAGCGGAGGAGAUUCUUUUUUCGAACUGUUAGUACAGUGACCACAGUUAUUUGGCUGACAAUAACCGUCAUCCAAAAUUCCAUGACCGUCACAGCCCUAGUGGCAAUUGACAUCAUACUUGUAUAUAAAACUGAACUGACUAGAUUGGAAGAGUUUUGUUGACUGCAAUUCGCUCCCUACCCCUUCCUAUAACCCUUCAAUGUUGGCAGGUCUGUGGAAGCAAUAUGGUGGAAGCUUCACCACUAAAUCGCUUAUACCUAUCCAGAGCCUUCACAUCGGCAAACACUGAAGGGUUAGCGUGAAGGGGUUAGGGGUAGGGAGUGUAUUGGAACCGGCUGUGCAUUGGUGCUGUAUCAGGUGAGUUUUAGUGACUGUAUCUCUGUGUUUGCUGUGUCCAGGUGACUCCCAGCGGGUGGAGAUGCCCAGGAGAGAGAUGGAGGUGGUGAAGGGUCAGAUGGUGGUCCUGCAGGCCUGGUACAGCCCCACAUCUGAUAUCGGCAGGAACAGCGUCAUCUGGAACUUCAUGGCCAACGACUCCAAGCAGGUAUGUAAGCCAUCUCCUCUUCCUCAGACAUCAUGCAUGGUUUCCACAGAAACGACUGUUGCUGGAUCUUUUCUCAUGAACUUUUCCCUGAAGUGUUAUGUCCCUCUAGUUGGUGAUUAGUUGGUGUGUGGUCUGAAGGAACAGACUAAUGUUGAAGAAACUGUUGAUGAACUGUUGAAGAAGCUAUUUGAUUAUUUCAGGGCUGGGAGUGGUUCGGGUUUUAGUUUGUUCUCCGAAGUACAGGACCAACCUCCCAUUCUCAUUAAUCCAAUCUCCUUCUAGUAAUCCCAGAUCUGGCCACAUCUCACAGGCAUUUAAGCUAUUCAGCCAUGCGGCAGGUAGCCUAGUGGUUAGAGAUGCGAGCCAGCAACCGGAAGGUUGUCCGACUGGAAAAGGCUGGCGGGAAGUGAGCUGGCAACCAGAGAGUUGCUGGUAUCAAAUCCUGGAUGCAAUUGCCUGCCGUUGUGCCCUUGAGCAAGGCAUUUAACCCCCUACGACAACAGGUGCCCAGUGUGGCAGCUCCCUGCACCGCUCCAAAACCUGUAUGUCUGUCUUUUGGAGGACUAUAAAGUCAUCUUAAUCUUAAUGGCAUGUACAGUGCCUAUAGAAAGUAUACACCCCCUUGAACUUUUUUCACAUUUUGCUACCUUCUAAAAUCUAAAAAGGGAUUCAAUUAGAUGUCUUUCCUAUACAUCCAGACAACAUACUCCACAUUUUCAAAGUGAAAGAAAGUUAUAGAACAUUUUUCAAAUUAAGAAAAACCCCCACUGAAAUAUCAUAAUUGGAUAAGUCUCCACCACCCUGAGUUAAUACUUGGUGGAAGCACCUUUGGCAGCCAUUACAGUGAGGGGGGAAAGUAUUUGAUCCCCUGCUGAUUUUGUACGUUUGCCCACUGACAAAGAAAUGAUCAGUCUAUAAUUGUAAUGGUAGGUUUAUUUUAACAGUGAGAGACAGAAUAACAACAAAAAAAUCCAGAAAAACACGUCAAAAAUGUUAUAAAUUGAUAUGCAUUUUAAUGAGGGAAAUAAGUAUUUGACCCCCUCUCAAUCAGAAAGAUUUCUGGCUCCCAGGUGUCUUUUAUACAGGUAACGAGCUGAGAUUAGGAGCACACUCUUAAAGGGAGUGCUCUUAAUCUCAGUUUGUUACCACCUGUAUAAAAGACACCUGUCCACAGAAGCAAUCAAUCAGAUUCCAAACUCUCCACCAUGGCCAAGACCAAAGAGCUCUCCAAGGAUGUCAGGGACAAGAUUGUAGACCUACACAAGGCUGGAAUGGGCUACAAGACCAUUGCCAAGCAGCUUGGUGAGAAGGUGACAACAGUUGGUGCAAUUAUUCGCAAAUGGAAGAAACACAAAAGAACUGUCAAUCUCCCUCGGCCUGGGGCUCCAUGCAAAUCCUCACCUCGUGGAGUUGCAAUGAUAAUGAGAACGGUGAGGAAUCAGCCCAGAACUACACGGGAGGAUCUUGUCAAUGAUCUCAAGGCAGCUGUGACCAUAGUCACAGGACUGAAAUCCUGCAGCGCCCGCAAGGUCCCCCUGCUCAAGAAAGCACAUAUACAUGCCCGUCUGAAGUUUGCCAAUGAACAUCUGAAUGAUUCAGAGGAGAACUGGGUGAAAGUGUUGUGGUCAGAUGAGACCAAAAUUGAGCUCUUUGGCAUCAACUCAACUCGCCGUGUUUGGAGGAGGAGAAAUGCUGCCUAUGACCCCAAGAACACCAUCCCCACCGUCAAACAUGGAGGUGGAAACAUUAUGCUUUGGGGGUGUUUUUCUGCUAAGGGGACAGGACAACUUCACCGCAUCAAAGGGACGAUGGACGGGCCAUGUACCGUCAAAUCUUGGGUGAGAACCUCCUUCCCUCAGCCAGGGAAUUGAAAAUGGGUCGUGGAUGGGUAUUCCAGCAUGACAAUGACCCAAAACACCCGGCCAAGGCAACAAAGGAGUGGCUCAAGAAGAAGCACAUUAAGGUCCUGGAGUGGCCUAGCCAGUCUCCAGACCUUAAUCCCAUAGAAAAUCUGUGGAGGGAGCUGAAGGUUCGAGUUGCCAAACGUCAGCCUCGAAACCCUAAUGACUUGGAGAAGAUCUGCAAACCUGGUGGCCAGCUACAAGGGUUUUGCCACCAAGUACUAAGUCAUGUUUUGCAGCGGGGUCAAAUCCUUAUUUCCCUCAUUAAAAUGCAAAUCAAUUUCAAAAAAAAAUUACAUGCGUUUUUCUGGAUAUUUUUGUUAUUAUUCUGUCUCUCACUGUUCAAAUAAACCUACCAUAAAAAUUAUAGACUGAUCAUUUAUUUGUCAGUGGGCAAACGUACAAAAUCAGCAGGGGAUCAAAUUUGCACAACUCUUAGGGUGACAUAUAUCCAUUGUUUUAGUCAAAAUGGCUCAGUAAAUUUGGUUGGAUCAUUGAUGGACAGUGAUAUAAUAUAUAACUUAUAUUAUAAACCUUGUCUCUGCCGGUGACAAGCAUACUCAUAACAUGAUGCUGCCACCACAAUACAGUGAAAAGAAAGAAACCUGUGUUUAAAAAAUCCACUCCAAAUCAUCCAUUAUUUUUGCAACAAGGCUGUUAAGUAAUACUGCAAGACAACACGGCAAAUACAUUUACUUUUUGGCCUAAAUUAAAAACUACAGGGUUGGGUCAAAUCCAAUACAACACAACACAUAGUGAAACCCUCUCUAUUUUCAACUAUUGUGGUGGCAGCAUCAUGUUAUGGGUAUGCUUGUCAUCGGCAGGGACUGGAGAGUUUGUCAGGAUCAAAAUAAAUAUGAAAGGAGCAAAGCCCAGGUAAAGAGUUAAAGGAAAACCCACCUCAGUCUUCUGAAAACCUAACCAUGGGAUAGUUUUUUGUUUUUCAGCGAGACAAUGACACAAAUGUUUAUGCCAAAGACACAACAGAAUGACUUGCCAAGAGAUGUUGAGUUUUCCUGGGUGGUCUAGUCUCAGUCCUGACUUAAAUCUGCUUAAACCCAGAGACAAGGUUGAAAUAUCACUGUCUAUCAAUGAUCCCCAACCAAAUGUACUGAGCCUGAGCAAUUUUGACUAAAACAAUGGAUAUAUUUUGCCCUAAGAGUUGUGCAAAGUUGGUAGAGUCUUAGUUACAUUUUACAUUUUAGUCAUUUAGCAGACACUCUUAUCCAGAGCGACUUACAGUUAGUGAGUGUAUACAUUUUCAUACUGGCCCCCCGUGGGAAUCAAACCCACAACCCUGGCGUUGCAAAACGGCAUGCUCUACCAACUGAGCUACACGGGACUGAAAAUGAUUCACAGCUGUAAUGGCUGCCAAAGGUGCUUCCACCAGGGGAGUGGAGCCUUAUCCAAUGAUGAUGUUUCAGGUUUUUUGGGGGGGGUUUUCUUGAAUGUUCUAUAACUUUCUUUCACUUUGAAAAUGUGGAGUAGGUUGUGUAGAUCUAAAAAAAAUAUAUAAAAAAAAUAAGCAAAUUCAUUUACUUUUUAAAUUUCAUUUUAAGGCAGCAAAAUGUGAAAAAAGCUCAAGUGGGUGUAGACUUUCUAUAGGCACUGUACAUACAUAGAGCAACUGUUAUACACAUUACAGACAACAAAAUAAGCUACUUCACUUCACAUACUAGAAUAUGUCAAGCUGAACAGCUCAACACGGAACAAUGCACUGGUUGUAGACUACAUAGUUGAAAGCUGUCAGAAGAUUAAUAUUUUUAUUUUGUGAUUAAAUUUGAGUUUUCACACAACAUAAAACAUUUUUUAAUAAAGAAGAUUAAUAGUUCAGAGUUGGUUGGUUUGCCUCUAAUCUCGUCCACCAGCCGGCUCUCUCUCUGUCGAACCGUCUGGUUUCACAGCACCUCAGUCCAUCACCAUCUAGCAGAACCCAUAGAACCUCCCUCUACGUUAUGGAAUUCAAAGCGCGAGCAGCUUAAGUGAUUUAAACAAUCGAAAAAUCUGAAAGUACGCAUCUUAGAAAUAGUUUUCACAUAUAAACGUUAUAUGCCCAAACUCCGAAUCAAUUGGGCUUCCCAAAAAUAAUAUGGUCAAUGUGAUAGAACAUUAAUUUUGAAAAGGCUAUUUUAUAGUCCUAUCUAAUAGAGCUUUAACCACACCCCUUUCAAGUCCCACUUUGUGGCACAGUGUUACCAGGCUCUAUGUGCCAGAAAUUUGAGUCUGGGGACGAGGUUAGUUUAUCUCCACCUUUAUAGUUUAGCCUAAGCAUGUAGUUUUGUGAGACUGUGUAUUAGGAUUAUUCUCAACAACCAUCCUGAUGGCUCUUUAGUUUUAUAGAUACAGACAAAAUAUGUGGUAACCAGUGGAGCUCUGCUGAGGGGAGAACGGCUCCAUAAUAAAGUCUGGAACGGAGCCAAUGGAAUGGCAUCAAACCAUGUGUUCUAGCCAUUACCACGAGCCCGUCCUCCCCAAUUAAGGUGCCACCAACCUCCUGUGGUGGUAACCAUAUGUCACUAACGGUGUGGGUGUGUUGCAUGUAUGUCCUGUUUGUUUAUAAAAACCUCUGGAUGUGUGUGUGCGUGGCUUCUUCUGUGAUUACGAUAAUCUCAGUAGUUUCACUGGCCAUGCAUGGCCUGUGAGCUUAUCUCUAACAGAAAAUCAGUCAAACAAUUCAAACUCCACCAUCUGCACAUACAUAUCAGGAUUAUCUUUAUGAAGGACUUUGACUUCUGUUAUAUGGUACAUUUGUGUGGCUAUGUAAACUGUCUAUAGAUAGCACCGAAAAUCGUAUUUCAGCUCAAUAUCAGUAUUGUAUAUUUGGAGAACCGGUAUUUCUGUAGUUACUUGCAUUGGUUUUCAUUACAACAAAUCCUCUCGUGCAGUGUUGCAAAAAUGCUAGUCUCUCUCCUUGACAAGCAACACAAAUGUUGGCUUGAAAAAGGCUAACAAUAUGUAGAGUUUAGAUACAGUAGACCGGCGCUACUUGAAGGCUUCUAUGGAAUAGAGUGCUCAUCCGGGUAAAAUCAUAUCAUUGCUGACAGUACAUUUGGUUCCUGAAUUGCAGUAGGGAACACAAUCUACCGUUGCAUUCCCUAUUGUAAAGUAUUUCCCCUGUCUGUCUGUGCAGGUAAUCUCCUACAGUAACGGUGAGCCAGGGAUAGGUAGUCAUGAGUUCAGGAAGCGUGUUGGGUUCAGCCUGUCCAUGCCCUCGGCCAAUCUCUCCAUCUACAUCAACAACACCCAGGAGUCAGACUCAGGACGAUACCUCUGCAAUGUCAUCAUCCCUGGAGCCCCCGGACUCUCUGGAGAAAUGCGCCUUAAUGUCAAAGGUACCAACCGGACCGGACGCCUUGAUUCUGGCACUUUUCAAAAAUACUUUUUUUUUGGGCCAACCCUCAGAGAUGGAGUCACAAAAGUGUAAACUAUACUGCAGUUUGUACAUAUGCACUGGGCUGUCUCUAUAAUAUUUUCCUACAGCUUCAACAGAGUGAGUGUUGGCACAUUUCCUUUACCUUGUGCAGUGUGGCCAGCAUUCUUGGAAAUACAGUACCCUGUUCAAUUGAAAUGGAUUAAUACGAUACUUCAGGAGGUCAAUUGGGGGUCAAUUGUAGUAGAACAAAUCAUUUUAUUUGUUUCUCUCAUAGCUCUUCUGUUUCUAACUGUGUGUUCUCUCUUACUCUCUGAGUCCCUCCCUUGCCUCCUGUGUGCACGAUGACUGGGUCAUCUGUGUUGAACGGCAACGUGACACUGAGCUGUAAGUCCAGCUCGGGCAAACCCAUCCCUCAGUACAAAUGGACCAAGAAUGCUCCCAUGUCAGAGGUCUUCUUUUCCCCCAUGCAGAGUGAGUACUCCUUUAUAUCUCUACCAAUAAUGUUAGCCAAUCACAUGACCUCUCUACCUCAGUUAAGUUUUAUCAUAAUACUGAGUAGUCCCCAUCAGAAUAGAUUGAAUCCUUAUUGAAUAUACACUGAGAGUACAAAACAUUAGGAACACCUUCCUAAUAUUGAGUUGCAUCCCCUUUUGCCCUCAGAAAAGCCUCAAUUCGUUGGGGCAUGGACUCUACAAGGUGUCAAGUGUUCCACAGGGAUGCUGGCCCAUGUUGACUCCAAUGCUUCCCACAGUUGUGUCAAGUUGGCUGGAUGUCCUUUGGGUGGUGGACCAUUCUUGAUGCACACGGGAAACUGUUGAGCAUGAAAAACCCAGCAGCAUUGCAGUUCUUCACACACUCAAACCGGUGCGCCUGGCAUACCCUGUUCAAAGGCACUUCAAUCUUUUGUCUUGCCCAUUCACCCUCUGAAUGGCACACAUACAGAAUCCAUGUCUCAAUUGUCUCAGGUGACAUCAAUAAGGGAUCAUAGCUUUCACCUGUAUUCACCUUGUCAUGGAAAGAGUUCCUAAUGUUUUGUACACUCAGUGUAUGUACUGUAUGAUAUAAGGAUUACAAAGGAUAGCUCAUCUCCAUCCAUCACCGAUGUAUAGCACUAACCCAUGUGAUGCAGAGUAGCCACUACUAACCAGCACUGAAAACACCUGCCACUACUGUGGAUGGGUGCAAUGUCAUUUUAGCCAAUGCAAUCUGUCAAAUUGUCCUCUUCACAGCAGCUCCAUAUGGGUUAUUGUAGUAAGGAGCCCAGCCUGUCACUAAGUUUGUCAAAAUGAGAGCUGAAAUAGAUAAAUUGAUAGGCUCUUCAAGUAAUACCUAGCUUCUAAAUAGCCAUUGACAUAAGAUGGAGAUAAUGAAUUGGAGAUAAUGAAUAACAAAUAUAUAGUUUCAGAUAGGCAGCCUAUAAUUCUGAUAUUUUUCCACUAAUUGGUCUUUUGACCAAUCAGAUUAGCUCCUUUGCCAAUAGAAUUAGAAUUGGGCUGCCUGUGUAAACGUAGCUAUAGUAGCAUACUGAUCAUCCAUGUUCUUACUGGUAGAUCUGUUCAGAAAACCCAUUCAGGGUGCAUUCUCCCAUCUAGUGUUAUCUCUCCUAACCUUCUCCUCUGGAAUGUAUUGCCAGGGGUUCACUUGUUAACUCUGUGAGUCGGGCUAAAUGUUGAGGACAAAUGUGUGGUGUGUUGGCGCCUGGCGGUGGGAUUGCAGAUCCUAAUUUCUCUCUUUUUUUCUUUCCGGAGACUGAGUUUCUUCUUUGAAAUGCCAUAACAUGCAUCACUUAAUCCACUUUAAAGACUGGGAAACACGACGUACACACUGCAUGCUCAUGUCAGACUUGUAGAGGUUUAUUUCUCUUACUAUACUGCACAUAUGCCUUUUAUAUUGUAUUAUUUUGUGAGGAGUUGUGGAAAUACAGUGGAAACAAUUAUUGUGAAAGCACCAGCUGUUUCUGAGCAAUAAUGAGGCUUACACUGAUUGACCAAGUAUUGGAAUAGCUCCUCUGAUCUCUGAUCCCCUCGCUUCUUCUAUAGAUUACCCAACUAAUAAUACACUUGAUCUGUUUCACUGCCUGAUUGACGCAAUAUGUGGGUUUGAAUGCACGACCAAACACACAUCGACAAACCUGCAUAAUCUCUAGGAGUUGAAAACACUCUGAUCCUCUGUAUUUUUCUUUUUGACCUGGCAUAUGCUCUCUGUGACAUUGAGCCUCCACCCCUGUGCUCUACUGGCAUUUUAAAGGCCACUACUUUCGACUGAGCGUAAGGGCUUGGUAUUAUCAAACUCAAGUGUUAAUUUUGAUUGUUUUGGUCCAGCUGCAGCAGUCGGCAAAUUAUUUUCUGCUACUAACAGAUUUGGCAAGUUUCAGUUGUUUAUGGUAGUGACUUUGUCAGUGGUGGCACAUUGCCUAGCCUAAAUUGCCCGUAUGCCCAUGGAACAAGAUAUGUGAUUUACAACACCAUGUGAGUUGAUCCUACCUAGAAACAUUGAAGUUGUUUAUAUAAAAAAUAGUCUGCUUAUUUUAAUUUCAUUUUAUUAAAAACCAAGCUUAUGUAAAUUAUUAUCGUUCGUAAUGCUAUAUCAACCUAACUGCAAAUGUAAUCUUGCUUAUUGAACAUUUGGCAUGUCCAUGCAUGGCUCGCACAUGAUGCAAUGCAAUUUAGCCUAAUGUAGCCUAUAUAAGGUAUUUUCUGCUUACGAAAGUGCUGUGUAAGAUAAAGAUUCCAUAUUGAAGCCAAUUACCUACUUACAAUGUAGACUGCAUACAUUUCCAUCAUAUUUAGAAAAAAACUAGAUAAAUUUUUGCGAUUGCUAUUAGGGCCUAUAAGGUCACUGUUGUUUUUUUUUUUUUAAACUGUACUCCACAAAUCACAAUCGACUAAGACGAACAUUCAUGCCCUCCCACUGAAUUAGAGUUCAUGACAACACACAACGUCAAAGACUGUGCAUGACUUGAAGCCACCACAAAUUAGCUAUUGAGUGGUCAAGCCCUCGCCACACCUACAACUUAUUCAUUCAUCAAAAGCCAGCCCUUUUACAACAACUCCAAGUAUUUCGUCCCGCCGGGAAAAUAGCAACAAUAUUUCUGACACACCCCAUGAGCUAUUUUGGUUUGUCAAAAUAGCGAGCUUCCCUCAAUCAAUCAUGUCUCUCGCUUAAUUCUAAGAAGCUGUGUUUCUGUUGUUCCCGGUCUCUACUUCUCUCCUGCCUCUGUCUCAUCACUCUUUUCUUGCAAACUUUUGCAGCUAUCAACUCCCUUGUAGGGGCUAGGGGUUGAUGUCUUGCUUCCCUACUUAAUCACUCUCUCUGCACCAGCCUUUCUUCUCUCGGUCACUCUCUCUGCCACUUUUCUCUCCUGCAUGACCACAGAAUGGAGAGCCUGCCCCUCGCCCUUGCUUGUUCUAGGGUUCAUGGGUAAGGGUUUCACACAUACACCCCCUAGCACACAGAAGCCUGUAGAGCCCCACAGCCUAUAUAAUAUUACAGCUCGCCAGUUUGUAGUCCUAAAAACGGGAAAUGAGUUACCUCUGAUUCGUUCAGCCAUUCCUAUGGGGGAAAUUAAUGGGGAAAGAAUUAGGUUUUGGGAUAAAUUAUAAAUAUAAGGUCUGAGGUUAACACAGGCAUAGGAGAUCUUAUAUGUUUUGUUCUAUGCGAUAAUAUCAGUCAGUUAACAUGACCUUUAUGAAUUAUGAAGCCUUUAUGUGCAAUAAGUGCUUGUUUUGAUUACAUACAGUGGGGAAAAAAGUAUUUAGUCAGACACCAAUUGUGCAAGUUCUCCCACUUAAAAAGAUGAGAGAGGCCUGUAAUUUUUAUCAUAGGUACACGUCAACUAUGACAGACAAAAUGAGGAAAAGAAAUCCAGAAAAUCACAUUGUAGGAUUUUUUAUGAAUUUAUUUGCAAAUUAUGGUGGAAAAUAAGUAUUUGGUCAAUAACAAAAGUUUCUCAAUACUUUGUUAUAUUCCCUUUGUUGGCAAUGACACAGGUCAAACGUUUUCUGUAAGUCUUCACAAGGUUUUCACACACUGUUGCUGGUAUUUUGGCCCAUUCCUCCAUGCAGAUCUCCUCUAGAGCAGUGAUGUUUUGGGGCUGUCGCUGGGCAACACAGACUUUCAACUCCCUCCAAAGAUUUUCUAUGGGGUUGAGAUCUGGAGACUGGCUAGGCCACUCCAGGACCUUGAAAUGCUUCUUACGAAGCCACUCCUUCGUUGCCCGGGCAGUGUGUUUGGGAUCAUUGUCAUGCUGAAAGACCCAGCCACGUUUCAUCUUCAAUGCCCUUGCUGAUGGAAGGAGGUUUUCACUCAAAAUCUCACGAUACAUGGCCCCAUUCAUUCAUUCUUUCUUUUACACGGAUCAGUCGUCCUGGUCCCUUUGCAGAAAAACAGCCCCAAAGCAUGAUGUUUCCACCUCCAUGCUUCACAUUAGGUAUGGUGUUCUUUGGAUGCAACUCAGCAUUCUUUGUCCUCCAAACACGACAAGUUUAGUUUUUACCAAAAAGUUAUAUUUUGGUUUCAUCUGACCAUAUGACAUUCUCCCAAUCCUCUUCUGGAUCAUUCAAAUGCACUCUAGCAAACUUCAGACGGGCCUGGACAUGUACUGGCUUAAGCAGGGGGACACGUCUGGCACUGCAGGAUUUGAGUCCCUGGCGGCGUAGUGUGUUACUGAUGGUAGGCUUUGUUACUUUGGUCCCAGCUCUCUGCAGGUCAUUCACUAGGUCCCCCCGUGUGGUUCUGGGAUUUUUGCUCACCGUUCUUGUGAUCAUUUUGACCCCACGGGGUGAGAUCUUGCGUGGAGCCCCAGAUCGAGGGAGAUUAUCAGUGGUCUUGUAUGUCUUCCAUUUCCUAAUAAUUGCUCCCACAGUUGAUUUCUUCAAACCAAGCUGCUUACCUAUUGCAGAUUCAGUAUUCCCAGCCUGGUGCAGGUCUACAAUUUUUUGUUUCUGGUGUCCUUUGACAGCUCUUUGGUCUUGGCCAUAGUGGAGUUUGGAGUGUGACUGUUUGAGGUUGUGGACAGGUGUCUUUUAAACUGAUAACAAGUUCAAACAGGUGCCAUUAAUACAAGGAACGAGUGAAGGGCAGAGGAGCCUCUUAAAGAAGAAGUUACAGGUCUGUGAGAGCCAGAAAUCUUGCUUGUUUGUAGGUGACCAAAUACUUAUUUUCCACCAUAAUUUGCAAAUAAAAUCAUUAAAAAUCCUACAAUGUGAUUUUCUGGAUUUUUUUCUUCUCAAUUUGUCUGUCAUAGUUGACGUGUACCUAUGAUGAAAAUUACAGGCCUCUCUCAUCUUUUUAAGUGGGAGAACUUGCACAAUUGGUGGCUGACUAAAUACUUUUUUUCCCCACUGUAAAUGCUUCAACGUUCACAAACGUGGUGUUAGCUGUGUGUACCACAGACCUUAGUUUUGCUGUUUAUCCUAAAAAAAAAAAACAUUCAUCCCCCAUAGGCUUUGGCCAAUGAGCCAUGGUGGAGUUUGUGCCUACAAAAAGACGCCAUUGCUAUUGCUCUCUAUAAUCUCACUGGUGUCACCCCAUCCCCCCUGACCCCCCACUGGACAGACACAGCUGUAAAGUUGAACCUUUAGAAGAAUUGUAUGUUAUUCAUCCAAAAGCAUGCCUUUGUUAAUCCUCACCAAUGACUUUGCCUUGUAUACAUCUGCAUUGCCUUUAUAAACUCAGUCGAUCUGAGAUGACAUGUCUUUUUUUCCUUUGGUAAUGAUCAACUGAUACGAGCCCUUGGCCCUUAGCCAUUUGGCCUGGCCAGAAGAUGAAACUACUUCAUAACAUAGCAACCACUAUGCUGUAGGUUAACCUCUUCAUAAUAUGCUCAAAUAACACAAUAUAAAAGUAUGAAAAUCCACAGUAAUCAAUAUGCAAAAAUAAAUGGUAAAUUACUGUAAAGGCAACAAUAGUCAAGUGGUGAAGGUAAAGGUAGGCUACAUAUCAAGGCCAGAGAUAAAGACAAAGCCUUGACUUUCUCACAAUGGCUUUCAUUGGUCCUUUGCAUCAAAUGACAGACAUUCAAUGAUUAAAUCAAAACUAAGAUUGCAAGGUGCAAUUUGCUGCAUUUGCUGAGGUCAUUGAGUUUUGAUUUAAUCCAUAAGUGUUUCGUUUUUGUGUUGUACAUAGACUAAGAUUGUGUCUUAACAUUCUGAAUAUGUAUGAAACAUGAGAAGGUGCACAAUUAACAAUUGUCACAAAUACUGUCAGUUUGUUUGUGUGUUCUUGCAUUCUUAGAUCUUUCCUGUAGAAAUGUUGGUGAUAGUCACUUGCUACUGUAGUUAAUUAGUACUGUAGUCAGUAUUACUGUAGUUAUUUCAUGGUUUGAUUUCAGUGUAUUUUGAUCAGUACAAUACUUUCUUGGUAUAUAGAGAUUGGUGAUGUCAGAUCACCUACAUGUCUGUCUUUGGAUCUUGAUUGCAGUGCAAUUUUGAGAAUCUGCCAUGUUUAAGAAUGAGCUGAUCUGUCGUUAAUCUAAAGCAAUUGUGUCUGGUUCCUCUCGUCUGAGUUACUAAUGGCAGGUGCUUAUUGAACACACCUACAGGCACAUCCAUCUGGCACACCAAAUCACUGUCAGGCCAAGUACUUAGUAUAGUUGUAUUGAAUCCUCAUUACCGCAAAUUAUAUCUCCCCAAGAGGCAUUGUUUACUCUGAAAUGGAAAGUAUGAGUUAGCAGUAGCACCGUUGCGUUGUGGAGUCUGUGUGCUUUGCUUGCUUAAUGAUUUGCCCCCACCCUCCCAGAGAGAACAGCAGAUGGUGCAUGCUAAGGUUAUCAAACAAGAAUCCCAGCCAGUAGUUCACUCCUAGACUUUGGGACAGGGAAAAACAGCUGUUUGUCGCAAUGAAAAUUUAGGACAGAGGACAUCGUACACCAUAGUUUAUUUAUAGGACUUUCUAGUCUGGUUAUUAGUAAAGGUACUGACAUCAUAUUGUGAACUUUAGCUUCUCUACUUGAGCUGAGCUGGUUGAGUCACUGGGUUGCUUUGAUUCUCCAUUUAUGAAAUUCAUCAGGAUAUAUAUAUUUGUUUUCCCCCUUGAUCCUUUAUAUUGGUAUAUAUGGGUGGAGGCUCCAGCCACCCAAGUCGGACUGUUCUCUCUGCUACUGCACGGCAAGCGGUACCGAUGCACCAAGUCUGGAACCAACAGGACCCUGAACAGCUACCACCCCCAAGCCAUAAGACUGCUAAAUAGUUAACCAAAUAGCAUUGACCCCACUUUGCACUAACUCUUUUGACUCAUCACAUAUUCUGCUGCUACUGCUUAUUAUAUAUCCUGUUGCCUAGUCACUUUACCCCUACCUAUAUGUACGUAUAUACCUCAAUUACCGCAUACCCCUGCACAUUGACUCGGUACUGGUACCCUGUGUAAUAAGUUAUCGUUACUCAUUGUGUAUUUAUUCCUCGUUAUCUUUCUAUGAUUUAUCUAUUUUUCUCUCUGCAUUGUUGGAAAGGGCAAGUAAGUAAGCAUUUCACUGUUAGUCUACACCUGUUGUUUAUGACGCAUGUGACAAGUAACAUUUGAUUUGAUUUGUAAACACAUCUGAUGAAAAUAUUCUCUCAUGUGACGUUUCCAAUCGGAUUUUGAGAGGAUUUGCUUGGUAAGAGCUGCCCCUCGUGUUUAUUAUUCUCUAGUGUCCCCGGUGUUACAUACUUAGAAUAGAGCAUCCCCACGCCAGCUAUGACAAGUGGAUCACAACAACUAAGAUUAUGUAAACUGAGGAAGUCCAGCUGUGAAAAGCCACAGGUUCUGAUUCAUCAUUGUGGAGAUUCCUUGUCUGGUGUUUAACCAUUUGCUAGUGAUGUCUCCAUAUAACCUCAUUAUUUAUGCCCGGGACAGAAAGGAGUGAUAUCAUCAAAGAGGAUCUGUACUGGUAUAAAGAAAACCAACAGCCCAUCCCACUGGGCACAUACUGGUUGAAUCAACAUUGUUUCCACGUCAUGUUGAACCAACGUGGAAUAGACAUUGAAUUGACGAUGUGCCCAGUGGGAUGUGACUCCCUGGGACCAGGUACCCCUCAAUACUUAUAGCUUCGGAACCAAGAGAGUAUUGUACUUAGUAGAGUGUGUAGUCUAAUUAUGUUUGUGUACAUACUGUAGCUAUCCUUGUGUUACCUAGUGUAACUGUCUACAUUACUGUAGAAGGAGAUUUCAUAUGAAAGGUAUAUAACAUUCUGUGCACUGUACAUCAUAAACAUGUUCAUGUACUGUAGAGGCAAGAGUGUGUAACACUGUCUUUCUCUUUCAGAUGAGAGGCAAGGCACCCUCAGGCUGAGUAACCUCACUAAGAGCAUGUCAGGGAAAUAUGUGUGCCGAGCUAGCAACACUGCCGGCUCUGACACUUGCUCUAUCAACCUGGAGGUCUUCACCUGUACGUAUAGCAAAGGAACACACACAAUUUCAUACUAGUAUAUACAGACUGCUCUUGUUUCCUGUUUGAAUCCUCUCUGUGUGUCCUCUUCCACAGCCUCUAAUGCUGGAACCAUUGUUGCUGCUACUCUGGGGUCCAUCGUGGGACUGGUAGCCAUCAUACUCUUCCUCAUCUUCAUACUGAGGAGGAGAGACCACGAAGAGGAGAUGGCCAAUGAUAUCAAGUGAGAUUUUGUCUGUGUUCGUUAUCUGAAAAAAGGGUGCAGUUGUUAAACGUCACGGGAUGUAUAACUAAUAGUACUCUACCAUGGAUGAUGCAGGUGUUCUAAUUCGGUUUCUGCAGGUUGGUGGUUGGAGGAUGUGUGUAACAUGUGAUAUGAUCUUAGUUGGUGGUUUCUCAUUAGCUGGCUGUCUGUCUCUGUCUGUCUAUCCAUCACAGGGAGGAUGCCCAGGCACCCAAGCGUGUUUCCUGGGCAAAGAGUGGCACAGGCUCAGACAUCCUCUCCAAAAAUGGGACGCUGUGCUCCAUAGACAUGAGCCCCCAUCUGCGAGACCCCCAGCAGCCCAACAACUUCCACUACCCCUACCCCACUGCCCCGGUCUGUGACACAGGCUCUGUGCUCAACGCCUACCGCCUUCGGCCUGGAGAGCCCAACCCUCUGCAGGGCCUCCCAGGGUACAUCAGUGGCACACCUCCACCCGGGCACACCAGACCCCACUGUGUUGCUAACAACAUUGAUGCCACCUCUCCACACGGGCACAGUCAACCCCCCAGUUCUAACCACAUCAGUGGGGCUCCACCCCCUGGCCACACCCGGCCCCUCAGCACUAGGAUCAUUGUUGACACCCCUCCCUAUGGGUUCAGUGAACCCCCCAGUUCUAACCGUGUUGGUGUCACCUCUCCACAUGGGUUCAGUCAACCCCCCAGUUCUAACCAUGUUGGUGUCACCUCUCCACAUGGGUUCAGUCAACCCCCCAGUUCUAACCAUGUUGGUGUCACCUCUCCACAUGGGUUCAGUCAACCCCCCAGUUCUAACCAUGUUGGUGUCACCUCUCCACAUAAGCACAGUCGACCCCCAAGUUUUAACAAAAUCGGUGCCUCCUCUCCACAUGGGCACAGCAGACCACCGAGUUCGAACCACAUUGGUGGCAGAGCUCCACACAGGCACAGCAGACCUCACAGUUCCAACCACAGCCGACCCACCAGCAUCAGUAGUAUGCCUCACUAUGGACACAGCAGAUCCUCCAGUUCCAACGGUGCCCCACCCCAUUCCCCACCUGGCCACAUGGUCACAGACCCCGACAAGACUGAGGGGGCCCAGCCCCAGGUACCACGCCCUCUCACCUCGCCCAUCAGAUCCGCCACCCUGGCCCGUAUGGGUGCUGUGCCCGCUCAGAGCCAGGCUGGAUCACUGGUAUAG